AUGGUUGUCAAACUUAUUUAUUCUGUCUGUCUGUCUUCAUUCUCUUCUUUUGUGGAAGUUUAUAAUGCUUUAGAAAUUUACAGGUAUAUAGAGAGAAUUGCAGUUGUCUCUGUUAAUAAUGAUAGCAUCGCCUUCAGCAGUGAUGACGUCAUUCAAUGGAUGCAUAAAAUACAGGAGUGGAAUCCAAAGUUUUUCACAUUAUCCCACGUCCCUGAGAAGUAUCGGCAAGCAGUGUCCAAGUUUUUUAGGAGAGUCUUGAUUGCUCGGAUGGCCGAGUCACCUGACCUGGCAAGUUCCUACCACCGCAAGCUAAAAGAGGCAUAUCACACCGAAGAGAAGCUGAGAGACCCAGAGGUUGUAAGGCGGAGCAAGGAACAUCUAAUCAGACUUCUUGAUGAAAUUGAGGACAGUUUGAGCAAGACUUAUAUUGCAGGGGAAGAGUUCAGCAUGGCAGACAGGUUGAGCAAGACGGCUUAUAUUGCAGGGGAAGAGUUCAGCAUGGCAGACGUAAUGUUCAUUCCGGUGCUAGCUCGUUUGGCACUCUUGAAUUUGGAAGACGAGUAUAUAAACAGCAGGCCAAACAUGGCCAAAUACUGGAGUUUGGUUCAGCAAAGGCCUUCCUACAAAAAGUGA